ACUUUUCAAGAGGGAGGUCGGUCAAUGCCUGCACGUUUUUUCCUCCAACAACCCCUAUUCGCGCACGCACGGCAUACAGUUAUGGCCACCCAGGUGAUGGGGCAGUCUUCUGGAGGAGGAAGUCUCUUCAACAACAGUGCCAACAUGGGCAUGGCCUUACCCAACGACAUGUACGACCUGCACGAGCUCUCGAAAGCUGAACUGGCAGCCCCUCAGCUCAUCAUGUUAGCCAACGUGGCCCUGACGGGGGAGGCGAGCGGCAGCUGCUGCGAUUACCUGGUCGGUGAAGAGAGGCAGAUGACCGAACUGAUGCCCGUGGGAGACAACCACUUCUCAGAUAGUGAAGGGGAAGGCCUGGAAGAGUCAGCUGACCUCAAGGGGGACCCCAGUGGGCUGGAAGACAUGGAACUGGGAGGUUUGGAGCUAAGUGCUGUAGAACCCCAGCCCGUAUUUGAAGCCUCAGCUGCCCCAGAAAUAUACAGCGCCGCCGAUAAAGAUCCCGCUCCAGAAACACCGGUGACCGAAGACAAAUGCAAGAAUUCCAAGGCCAAGCCCUUCCGGUGUAAGCCUUGCCAGUACGAAGCCGAGUCGGAAGAGCAGUUUGUGCAUCACAUCCGGGUUCACAGUGCUAAGAAGUUUUUUGUGGAGGAAAGUGCAGAGAAACAGGCCAAAGCCCGGGAGUCGGGGUCAUCCCCGGCCGAUGAGGGCGAGUUCUCCAAAGGCCCCAUCCGCUGUGACCGCUGUGGCUACAAUACCAACCGGUACGACCAUUACACGGCACACCUGAAGCACCACCUGAGAGCUGGGGAGAACGAGCGAGUCUACAAGUGUAUCAUCUGCACGUACACGACCGUCAGCGAGUACCACUGGAGGAAACACCUGAGAAACCAUUUUCCCAGGAAAGUCUACACCUGUAGCAAGUGCAACUACUUCUCAGACAGAAAAAAUAAUUACGUUCAACACGUUCGAACUCAUACAGGAGAACGGCCAUAUAAAUGUGAACUUUGUCCUUACUCAAGCUCUCAGAAGACUCAUCUAACCCGACACAUGCGCACUCAUUCAGGUGAGAAGCCAUUUAAAUGUGAUCAGUGCAAUUAUGUGGCCUCUAAUCAGCACGAAGUGACCCGACAUGCAAGACAGGUUCACAACGGGCCUAAACCUCUUAAUUGCCCUCACUGUGACUACAAAACAGCAGAUAGAAGCAACUUCAAGAAGCACGUGGAACUGCAUGUUAACCCACGGCAGUUCAACUGCCCUGUGUGUGACUACGCAGCCUCCAAGAAGUGCAAUCUACAGUACCAUUUCAAAUCCAAGCAUCCCACCUGUCCCAGCAAGACAAUGGAUGUCUCCAAAGUGAAGCUGAAGAAAACCAAAAAGAGGGAGGCUGACCUGCUUAGUAACGCUGUCAGCAAUGAGAAGACGGAGACAGAGCAAACGAAAACAAAGGGGGAUGUGUCUGGGAAGAAGAACAACGAGAAACCUGUAAAAGUCAUGGGAAAAGAUGCUUCAAAAGAGAAGAAGCCUUGUAGCAGUGUCUCGGUGGUCCAGGUAACUACCAGGACGCGGAAGUCAGCAGCGGCGGAGACUAAAGCAGCAGAGGUGAAACACACAGAAGGACACACAGGUAACAAUCCAGAAAAGCCCUGUAAAGCCAAGAAAAACAAAAGAAAGAUGGAUGCCGAGGCCCAUCUCUCGGAUGAACCUGUGAGCGAGGGACCAGUGACAAAAAAGAAAAAGAAGACCGAGAGCAAAUCCAAAACCAGUACCGAUGUGCCAAAGGCUGGCAGAGGGGGGGAGGGGAAGGGGGACAAGAAGCAAAGUGCUUCCCUUAAGAAAGGCGCAAAGAAGACACCGCCCAAGAAGACAAGUAAAAAAGGUGGCAAACUUGCUCCGAAGGGGGUGGGGCAGUCAGAACCUCCUUCGGGGGCAUUGGCUCAGGUGAGGGUGUCUCCAGUCCCUGUCCUCACUGAGGCGGAGGUCACCCAGACAGAGCUUCCUUCACCCAUGGAUGUUGCUGAAUCAGAGCCUGCCCAGACGGAGGAGGUUUCCCAGACGGGGCCACCUCAGGUGGAGCCUGCUCUAAUGGAGCCAUCGCAGCCUGCGGAGCCUCCCCAGGCAGAAGCACCUACCUACCCUGAGCCUCCCGCUCUCACGGAGCCUGCCCCUCCUACGGAGCCUGCUGCUGAGAUGGAACCUUCCCCUGCCAUCGAGUCUUCCCAGAAGGAACCACCUCCCAGUAUGGAGCCUCCCCCUCCUGAGGAGCUGCCUCAGGCAGAGCCCCCUCCUGUAGAGGAUUGUCUGAAGGAGCUGCCCUCUCCCGUGGAGCACGCUCAGACCAUGGAGCUCGCUCAGACUGAGGUUGCUCAGCCGGCUCCUACGAAGGUGGGAUCUGCUCAGGAGGAGCCCCCUCCUGUCUCAGAGCCACCUCAGGUGAAGCCAGCCAAAAGGUCAUCUCCCCGGAGAGACAAUGCAGAGGAGGAGCUGAGUCUGCUUAGUGAGAUGGCCCGGCAGGAGCAGGUCCUCAUGGGGGUUGGCUUGGUGCCUGUUAGAGACAGCAGGCUCCUGAAGGAAAGCAAGAGCGCCCAGGACGCCCCAGCCCCACGGUCGCCACAGCCAAAGGGAAACUCGAGGGAAGACACACCCAAGGACCAAGAAAUGUUCUCUGACGGGCAAGGAAACAAACUAUCCCCUCUCAAGAAAGGAGGACCAGAGGAAGCCGGAGAGGGUCUAGCUGAGUCGGCUGCUUCCAAGGAGUCUGCUAGUGUUUCAUCUUGUGAACAAAACUCAGAAGUGCCAGAGGGUGGGGCAUUACACAGCAAGUCUCAGACUGGCUCCUCUGGGCUUUGUGACGAGGAAGUGGACACCGAGCAGAAGACAGACAGUGUCCCUGUGAAAGACUCCGCAGCAGAGCCAGUGUCCCCUCCUACCCCAACAGUGGACCGUGAAGCAGCAUCACCAGCUGUAAUGGCCUCCCCUCCUAUCACUUUGGCUGGAAAUGAGUCUCAGGAAAUUGAUGAAGAUGAAGGCAUCCAUAGCCACGAUGGAAGUGAUCUGAGUGACAACAUGUCAGAGGGGAGUGACGACUCAGGACUGCACGGGGCUCGGCCAACGCCACCAGAAGCUACUUCAAAAAAUGGAAAAGCAGGGUUGGCUGUUAAAGCGACUGAGGGAGAGUUUGUGUGUAUUUUCUGUGAUCGUUCUUUUAGAAAGGAAAAAGAUUAUAGCAAACACCUCAACCGCCACUUGGUGAAUGUAUACUUCCUCGAAGAAGCAGCUGAGGAGCAGGAGCAGCAGGAGGAGCAGGAGGAGCAGGAGUAGCUGAGCCUCUGGAGAAGCACCGAGCAGACUUUGUGAGCAUGCAAUUUUAAUUUGACUGUAGACAAAAGCAAGCUUGCUUUGAUUAGUCUCCAGUGCAGAGUUUUCAGUAACGUUCUUUUUCUUAGGACUGUACAUCUAUUUAGUGUUUGUUGCAUAAAUCUUAGCAAAUCCUAGGGAGUUAAUGUAGGAGAACAGAUCUGUAACUAGCUCAUGCGGUCAGAUGACAGGAGAAGGGUAAGGAGGUAGAACACGCCACUUGCCUUGUCUGCCUACAACCUGUCAGGUUUUCUCUUCUUUUCAUUGUAGUUCCUAAUUUUUAGUUCCUUGUUUAGAUUGAUAAAAAUUGGCUUAGUAAAUUACUUGAAGAAUUUGCCUGCUUUAUAUAAAUAAAGUUAGCACUUUACAGUUUGUUUAGAGAUUGAAAAAAAGAUUUUAAUUGGAGAGAAAUUUUCAACAUUGGACAUUGUAUCUGUCCAGGAAACUGCUUCCUAAUUAGCUAUCAAUAUUUUGUGUUUAUAUGUUAAUCGUUAUAAAAAGUGAUUUUGGGGGGGGUAUUUUUUAUUUUGGUGCUUUUCUGGCUUAAGAUGUUGCACAUGGUUCUUGUUUUUGUUUCUUUAACCUAUGCAGUUAAUCUCCCUUCUGCCCAGAAACAACAUUGUGUUAAAUAGUAACACUCUAUACAUAUAUAUGCAUAUGCAUGUUUUUUUUUUUUUUUUUCUUUUUGGAGGAAUGCUUUUAGGCUUGUUUGCAAAGGGCCAUUUUCCUUUUCUUUACUGCAAUUGUCUUUUUUGCAGAACAAUAGUGUGUGAAAGUUUAUAAGCAAUGGAACAUGCAGGUUCAAUCCAUUGUUGUGGGUUUUGUUUUAUUUUUUUAUUUUAAAUUUCACCACUUAUCUAUGCCAGAAUUAGUUUCGUAUAAGUUAUUUUGAAUGGUGAGGAUAUGUGUAAUUCCACAGCUUUCCAGUCUGAUUUUUUUUUUUUUUUCCAGUAAGCCACUAGAUGCAUAUUGAACAAUAAUUGUCUCAAAAAUCAGCCACCAGAGUUCUUUUGCUGUUUCUAGCUUAUUCCGGAGCGAUCAUCCUUUGUGGAGUUGUCUUCAGUAGAUGCUUGAUGUUGGGAUGCUUACUCUACUGAGUAGAGCCCUCCAAGUGGUAUUUGGAAGCAGCAAACCUGGAGCGAGACAGUAAUUAUCCUUCAGACUGUAGACUAUCAGUUGUGAGAAAGCCACUGUGGUCACAUGACUAGGCUAGUUGAAAGCGCUGAGUUCCAGCAAGCAGCUGCUGCUUCCAGUGAGUACUGAAAAGGCUGAUGUUAGAACCAAGUACAGUCCGGAGUUUAAGCAUUUUAUUUUCUCAGGGAUCUCCACAAACUAGUGGGUGUCCUCGCUGUCCCUGUGAGACAGCCUCUGUACAGGAGAGGCCUUAAGUGGAUUGUCGCUGUCCUGGAGUUCCCCUGGAGACACCAUGUGAGAAACUGCAUGUACUCUGUGUUCUCCAGAGCAUGAAAGCGCCCAGCAUGGACUUUGCUUACUGGUAGUAGUAAAUUAAGUAUGAGCCCAGUAGGGAUUUGUGACAUUUUGAUGGAAUAACCUCUGUGUAUUUCAUUUAUUUUACCUGGCGAUCUCUGAGCAGGCUUCAGAUUUUGACAGUUCAUGAAAGAUAUAAGCAUUAAUGUGUGGGUGAAAAGCUUGGUGAAAUUCUGAAUGAAGUUUUAGUUAAACUUGGUUGAACUUGGAAUUGACUGGGAGGCCAAAGAUUUAAAAAGCAGAUUUUUCUCAAGACAUGUUGUGUGAUAAUGGUGUGUGCUUUGUGUGUGUGCGUGAGACUUUGUAAAUGUUGAAUUCUAGGCUCCGACAAUCAUUGUAGUGCAGAUCAGCCUGCAAAAUAUUUAUGUUUUAAAUUUAAAUUAUAAAGCUAGUUAAGUCUUUCUAACAACUAGUUUUAAUGUUCAUGAGCAAAUUUUGCCUACAUUACCUUCUCAAGAUGUUGAAAGCCCAGGUUGGAAGCUAGGAGCUGGGUGGUUCCUAGGAGAGGUCUUUGUGGAUUCAUUCUUCCUCAAUGCCUUCUGGGACUGAAUCUAGUCUGUAAGAUUGGAAAGAAAAAAAACAAACACAACGGAAAUGAAAACCUCAUUAAAUUAGUCUUUAAAAACAUUGUUACCUGAAAUUGAGUGGGACUUUUGAGGGGUUUCUUCCAGAAAACAAGGACUUGGUCCUCAGGCCUAUAUUAGGCCUGACCCUCGGAGCCAUGGGUUUGUGCUUAAAAUCAUCUCAGUGGAAAGUGUCUUAGUUAUUGAGAUUCCCAGGCCAGCGGGAGCUCUUCCAUUUGAAAACGUGGUACUUGCAUGGGAUUGUUUGAAUCUUGUUUUCUAGUCUCCCUUCUCCCAUCACUACCCUCACAGACUGAAGGUAGAUUUUUCUCUUGAUAAAGGAACACAAAAAUGAACAUCUUACUUGUAAAUUGAUAUCUAGUAACUAGUGGUAAACUUGAAAUGGUAGAAUUCUUUACAGCUUAAUCCUAGGUAGCCUUAGGGAAAUGUAUCUUUAUUAUUUCUGAACCUGUAUUCACCUUGUCUUUUUCAAGAUAUCUUAAGUUAUAUUUUCUUUUUCAGAGCUGCUUUUUAUUUUGGGGCUACUUUUUUUUUUUAUUUUUAAUUGAGGCGUAAAUCAUAAAAGACUGCAUGGCUUUGAUGAGACUUUCUACAACGUCAGGUUGUCUUUCCCUAGUCUUUCAAGAAGGGUCAUUGUGCUUUUUAGAUAAACCCUGACAUGGGCUACUUCAGAUGUAAAGUGAUGCACGGUAAAAACCAAGCUCACCUCACGCGUUUCACUCUGAAUGUGGACCACGGAAGGCACAACUUGCCUGUUAGCACGCUGUUACUUGUAAACUGAAAUGCUGAAGAAACUCGGCUUUCUUUACAGAAAAUCAAGGUUUCCUGAUGACUGGGCACAUGAGGUGAGCUGACAGUCUUAGCUCAGAAUGAUCGGAUUGUGUAGAUUUACAGUCUGUGUGCUGCUGGCUAAGUGUGAUAGCUUCUGCACUUCUGUGUAUGUCCCAUGGGCUCCCUCCUGGUAGUUACUGAACUCUUAAAACUGGUAUUGUGACGUUACAACAAUGUUUUGCGCCAAUUUUAUAAACCUUUACAGUGCAAUAUGUGUUACUUUUCUGAGGCAAACCAAAGGUAUAUUUCUCAAGGUUCUGCUGCCGUCAGCAGCAUUUGAUGGAGGAUUUUUUUUUAUACAUUUGUAAUAGGUAGAGAUGAAACAGAUUGCAGUUUGUUUUUUGUUAUUAUUUUUUUUUUUAAAUUGUAAACCAUGUACCAGGCUUCUGGUCAAGAUUGUGUAGGAUAAGUUAAACAUAAUUGCAUUCUAUUAACCAAUAUGAGUGUAUUUCUUAUGCAUAUAGUUACAUUGAAAUAAAGUUCUAAAAACUA